AUGAGCUUCGCCAAGUUUUUCGUUGCCAUCGCACUUCCCCUCGCUCUGGCGGCGGAUAUCUUCGUUGCCACAGACGGCAGCAACUCGGGCAGCGGUUCCAUCGGUUCGCCGUUUGCCUCUAUUCAAGAUGCCGUCGACGCCGCCUCGGCCGGCGACAACAUCUAUCUUCGUGCCGGUACUUACAAACCGUCGGCCAAUAUCCAGAUUCGCAAGAGUGGCACUUCCAGCAAUCCUUACACCAUCGCAGCAUACGAGGGUGAGGAGGUUAUCGUCGACGGUGAUAGAUUUCCCAACAACCCUGUCCCGUACGGUGGUGACCUACCUAACUCGGACCGUGGUGUAUUCCACUUCGAGAAAGCUGAUUACUGGCGCAUGUACAACUUGACCUUCAUCCACGGCCCGUACGGCGUCUACGUCAAGGAUUCGCAUAACAAUUAUUUUGAGCGCAUUACAACCCACCACAACUACGAGUCUGGAUUCCACCUCCAGAACAGUAUUUCCAACACGGAGAUUGCCUACCUCGAUUCGUACAUGAACGCCGACCCCCGCAAAAACGGCAAGUCGGCCGACGGAAUCUCCCUCAAGGAAGGUUCUGGUGAGGGGAAUGUUAUCCGUGGAGCACGCCUCUGGGACAACUCCGACGAUGGCCUGGACCUUUGGGAGUUCCUCUCGGACGUGACGAUUCUCGACUGUAUUGUCUACGGCAACGGCUUCAACCAUUGGGGCUUUAACCCACAUGAGAACGAUGGUCAUGGUGUCAAGCUCGGGGGCGGUUCCUCGGCCUCCGACCGUGGGGAGGUCAACCACGUCAUCACGAAUGUCAUCUCCUUUGGCAACAAGCGUCGCGGGUACACGGAUAACAACAUGCCCGGCGACAUGACCUUCACGCGUAACACGGCCUGGAACAACGGCGAGGAAGGCUUCAACACGCGUUCAUCCAUUGCUACCUACGAAGGCAACCUGGCCGCUGAGAACCACGGGUCCACCGACAAUCAUGACCAAGUCUUCCUUGUUUCGGGCGUCACGUCGCAUGGUAACAGCUGGGACGGCAGCUCUAAUUGGAGCAACUCGGACUUUAAGAGCACCAACAUUGACCUCAUCACCGGGCCGCGCCUGGCUGACGGCCGCAUCGCGCCCAGCGAUUUCCUCGCCCCUGCCAACGGCGAUGCUCUGGGUGCCACGACCGAGUGGUCUGCCUAA